AUGUCAGGGGCUGUAAGUAAUGGGUCGAUUGGCCAUGUCACUGGCUUGUCACUGGGCGCCUCAUCGCCUGUCCCUGUUGUAGCCAUCAUUGGAGACAAAGGCUCUGGAAAGACUUCUUUGUUCGAAGCUCUCUCUGGCUUAUCUCUUCAUGGCUCUCGUGUGUCGUCAACGAAAUUCCCCAUCCAUGCUUGCUUUACGCACAGCAGCCGGACGGGGACAACAUUAAGGGCACGGAUAAAACCAGGGAAAGUGGAUGGACAGAACAAAGAGCUUUCAGAACACUUGGAGAGUUUCGAGGUGAACUAUGACGGAGAUCUUGCGGCUGUCAAUCUUCCUCAAAUUGUGAAUCAGGCAACGAAUCACAUGCAGAUCGCAACAGCGUUCUCUGAUGAAAAGGAACAAGAAGAGCAACAAGUAUCUGACAAUGUACUUGUCAUUGAGAUCUCGGGUCCAGACUUUUUCAGCAUGGAAAUCGUCGAUACACCUGGGCUAUCGUCUAGCCCGUCAGUUGAUGACACGCAGGAGGUGACAAGAUCUCUCAUCAUGGAUCUCAUCAAGCAACCCAACACUAUCAUUCUAUCUGUCGUCGACGCGACAACUGAUAUGAGCAGCCAGGAGGGCCCGAGGCUUGCGCGAGCAGCUGACGUGACAGGCAAUCGCAUCAUCGCAGUCGUGACCAAGUGUGACCUUGUUCCUACAGAUGAGAGAAGAUUCGUGUUGAGAGCUAUGCGUAAUAAGGAACGGCAUCUCGGCCAUCCCUGGUUCGCAAUGAGAAGUCUCUCUAGCGCUGAGCGCGAUCAAGACUGCACCCUCGAGACGCGGAAUUCUAUCGAGGAGUCAUUCUUUUCAGAAAUGGAAUGGGCCGUUCUGAAACGCAGGCGGCGUGUAGGGGCUCCUGCUUUAAAAGAUCAUCUCAAGACGAGGGUCAAUGUCAUGCUCCGGGGCAGUAUAGACCUACUAACAACGAUACUUAACACACCAUCACAUUCCGUUGCACCAACACGCGCCCCCAGCGUGACAGAAAAGGCACAGCCAACAGGAGUCUACGCAAUGUCGCAAGAGACCGUAGUAGCCGAUGUCGAUCUAGAAUUCGCCUCCGAUGCACCACGCCCAACACCGCUUCUCAACGCCUUCAUUGUUGGAUUGACAGUUGCCAUAUGUCUCUGCCUCAUAGCGCUCGGCUGCAGCACGAUGGCACUGGAGAUUGCGAGUGAGGGACACUGGUAUCGUUUGUUUCUUCUGGUAACGGCUCCUCCUCAGAUUAUCUUGAGCUUGUUCUUCUGUCAAGCUAUUGUCGUGACUAUCUUUCAAAUGAUUGGACCCGUCACGCAACUAAAGGUUAAUUCCAAGUUUUACUCCGCAAAGCGAACGAAACGCCUCGACGGAACAAAAGUACUCUUGCCCCACGUUACCAUUCAAUGUCCAGUGUAUAAAGAGGGCCUCGAGGGUGUCAUUCGACCAACAGUACAGUCCCUGUCUGCCGCCAUCCAUAAUUAUGAAUCUUUCGGCGGUACAGCUAGUAUCUUCAUCAACGAUGAUGGUAUGCAACUUGUGUCCCCUGAAGAAGCUGAGGAACGACGCAUGUUCUACAAGGAGAACAACAUUGGCUGGGUUGCCCGGCCAGGGCAUAACCCAAACGGCGAAGGAAUAAAGAGAUUCAUACGCCGGGGCAAGUUCAAGAAAGCAUCAAACAUGAAUUACGCGCUGGGCAUUAGUCUCAAGGUAGAAGACAAGCUGGUACAAAUUGAACGCGACGAGAAAUGGACGCAAGCCGACGAGGACGCAGCAUAUCAGAAAUGCCUCGAUGAAGUCCUCUCCGAAGAGCUAGGCCGCGCCUGGGUAGGCGGUGACAUCCGAGUCGGCGACUAUCUCCUCCUCGUCGACUCCGACACCCGCGUCCCAACAGACUGUCUCAUCGACGCCGUCAGCGAACUCGAAGCCUCGCCCCAAGUCGCAAUUCUCCAGUUCACAUCCGGUGUCAUGAACGUCACGACGAGCUACUUCGAAAGCGGCAUCACCUUCUUCACCAACCUCAUCUACACAGCCAUCACCUACGCAGUUGCCAACGGCGACGUCUCGCCCUUCGUCGGACACAAUGCGUUUAUACGCUGGUCUGCUCUACAAGAGGUUGGUUCUGAAGAUGGUGGUAUUAUCAACAACGAGAAGGAUCCAAAUGCAACAACGCCGUAUGAGAAAUUCUGGUCCGAGUCUCACGUGUCCGAAGACUUUGAUAUUUCUCUGCGCUUGCAAACACUGGGUUAUCAUAUUCGCCUGGGGGCUUAUUGCGGUGACGGCUUCAAAGAGGGUGUUUCGCUCACUGUUUACGACGAGUUGGCCCGGUGGGAAAAAUAUGCGUAUGGUUGCAGUGAGCUUCUGUUCUGGCCUAUAAAAGACUGGUGGAGACAUGGUAUCUUCACACCACUGUUCAAACGCUUCAUCAUGUCGAAUAUGCCACUUGGAUCCAAAAUCACUAUCAUGUCAUAUAUCGGCACAUACUACGCCAUCGGCUAUUCGUGGAUUGGGUCGCUCCUGAACUACUUCCUCAUUGGAUGGCUCAACGGCGAGCUAGACCACUAUUAUAUGAGCAGUUGGCGUGUCUGGGUUGCUCUUGUUGUUGUCUUCUCUAUAGCUGGCAACAUCACCCUCGCUUUGAUCCGGUAUCGCUCUCAGCAGGUCAGCUUGCUCAAGGAGCUCUGGACAUGUUUCAAGUGGGUGGCUCUCAUGUUUAUUUUCCUGGGCGGCAUUUCCAUGCAUGUCUGCAAGGCAAUUCUUUGUCACAUGCUGUCCAUUGACAUUAGCUGGGGUGCUACCUCGAAGGAGGUGGAGGAUACCAAUUUCUUCCAAGAGAUCAGUAUCAUCAUCGCGGGCUUCAAGUAUGUCUUCAUCUUCUGCCUGGCAGUGACAGCGUUGAUGAUUUGUGGCGUCUAUGCCUUCCCCUACUUAUGGAGGAUUGAUGAGCUCGUUGCGAUCUUUCCCCUUGCAACUGUCAUCUUCUGUCAUUUCUUUCUCCCGAUUGCUCUGAAUCCGAACUUGAUGAAAUUCACUUGGUAA